CAAUUCAAUCAUUUUGAAACUAAUUAGAAGUUCCAAAUAAUUACUCUGCGAUUUUAAGUGCUUUGGGUCUAUCAAAUCAUUGGUUUAUUUUUUUAAAAUUAGAGAAGAUGUCUUUGAGGCCAAACACGACGACGGUGGCUCGGAGGAACAGGUACAAAGUGGCGGUGGACGCCGAAGAGGGUCGGCGGAGGAGGGAGGAUAACAUGGUGGAGAUUAGGAAGAACCGCCGUGAAGAGAGUCUGCAGAAGAAGCGGCGUGAAGGACUCCAAGCGCAGCCAAUGCCUGCCUCUCUUCAGUCGUCUGCUGUUGAAAAAAGGUUGGAAAAUUUGCCAGCCAUGGUUGCUGGUGUCUGGAGUGAUGAUAGUAAUAUGCAACUUGAGGCGACCACACAGUUUAGGAAAUUGCUUUCUAUUGAACGCAGCCCACCCAUUGAGCAAGUGAUACAAGCAGGAGUUGUUCCUCGCUUGGUUGAAUUCCUUACUAGGGAUGAUUUCCCUCGGUUUCAGUUUGAGUCAGCCUGGGCUCUCACUAAUAUUGCUUCUGGGACAUCUGAGAACACAAAGGUGAUAAUUGAUCAUGGGGCUGUUCCUAUAUUUGUGAAAUUGCUCGCUUCACCAAGUGAUGAUGUUCGUGAGCAGGCUGUGUGGGCAUUGGGAAAUGUUGCAGGAGAUUCUCCUAGAUGUCGUGAUCUGGUUCUUGGUCAUGGUGCUUUGCUUCCUUUGUUGGCACAAUUAAAUGAGCAUGCUAAUCUUUCUAUGCUGAGGAAUGCUACAUGGACGCUAUCAAAUUUUUGUCGGGGAAAGCCCCAGCCUCCCUUUGAUCUGGUCAAACCUGCACUUCCUGCAUUGGCACUCCUCAUUUGUUCAAAUGAUGAAGAAGUCUUAACUGAUGCAUGUUGGUCUCUCUCAUAUCUUUCUGAUGGUACAAAUGACAAAAUCCAAGCUGUUAUAGAAGCCAAUGUUUGUGGCCGUCUGGUGGAACUUCUGAUGCACCCAUCUCCUAGUGUGCUUAUUCCUGCUCUUCGCACAGUUGGAAAUAUUGUCACAGGGGAUGAUACGCAAACCCAGUAUAUUAUCAAUCAUCAAGCAUUGCCAUGCCUUUUAAAUCUCUUGACAAAAAAUUUUAAGAAGAGCAUCAAUAAGGAAUCUUGUUGGACAAUCUCAAAUAUCACAGCUGGAAAUAAGGAACAGAUACAGGCUGUGAUUGAAGCUAAUAUUAUAGCUCCACUGGUUCAGCUGCUUCAAAAUGCUGAAUUUGAUAUCAAGAAAGAAGCGGCAUGGGCCAUCUCAAAUGCAACGUCCGGUGGUACUCAUGAUCAGAUAAAAUUCCUUGUAAGUCAAGGUUGUAUCAAGCCAUUGUGUGAUCUUCUCAACUGCCCUGAUCCAAGGAUAGUUACAGUUUGUUUAGAAGGGCUUGAAAACAUUUUGAAGGUUGGAGAAGCUGAUAAGAACCUGGGCAGUACUGGCGGAGUGAAUGUCUAUGCACAGAUGAUUGACGAUGCAGAGGGUCUAGAAAAGAUUGAGAAUUUACAGUCCCACGACAACACCGAGAUUUAUGAAAAGGCUGUGAAAAUUCUCGAGACAUAUUGGUUGGAGGAGGAGGAUGAGACAAUGCCGCCAGGUGAUGCCUCUCAAACAGGGUUUCAUUUUGGAGGGGGUGAGCUUCCAGUUCCUUCAGGGGGAUUCAAUUUCAGCUAGAGGAAUUUCAUCUGGUCCUGUAUUGAAGUCCUUACGGAGAUCCAGGUGAGGUCUUGUCUUUGGCUAUCGUGUCCAUGGUUGUGUAUGGUCGAGAGUCCGUGUCGGGGGUAUUAGGCUGGUGUGGUUUAACGACACAGCCGGGUUCAUACUAUGAAGAUGAAGAAAGGGGGGAUAGUAACAGAAUAGAGCUUUGGGGAUGUGUUUAAAGUAAAACAGGAACCAGACAGAGCGAGUGUUUUAUAUUUAAGGGUCGUAAAAUAAAUAUUUGUCAGCCUCCAUGGUAGUUGUCUAGUGUCUAUGCAAUAUCUUGAUUUGGGCAUAGUUCCAGAACAGUUAGUAACAUGGGAAUAUGCUUUUUCUUCUAUGUAAAUCCGAACGACUGUCAGUGUUCAUCGUUUCAUUCAUCAAAAAUUGUCCAUUUUGAUUUA